AUGCCAUGCCAGACUCCCCCUUCUGUGACUGUCAGGGUGAGAUCCAACACCAGCAGCUGUCUCCAGACCCACAGAGGUCUCCAGACCCACAGAGGUCUCAGACUCAAACGGCCGAGUGCUGAAUGUGUUCUGGGUCCACCAGGAAAGAACCAGCCAAGCCACACUAAUGGCAAAUACUUUGUUCAAGUGGUUCAAUCUCCAACUAUACUAAUCCAGCGCCAAGAAAUGGCAUCAUACUUUAAGUUAUUUGAGGAUGACUUGAUCCAGGACUUUUUGUGGAUGGACUGUUGCUGUAAAAUGUCAGAUAAGUAUCUUUUAGCCAUGGCCUUUGUGUAUUUCAAAAGAGCGUGUUUCUCUCUUUCUGAAUACACAAGAAAGAAUUUCUUCAUGGCUUUGUAUCUUGCGAACACAAUGGAGGAGGAUGAAGAGGAGAACAAAUAUGAGAUUUUUCCUUGGGCUCUGGGCAAGAAGUGGAGGAAACAUUUCCCGCGCUUUUUGAAGCAGCGAGACAAGCUUUGGGCUCGUGUUGAGUACAGAGCUGCUGUCAGCCGGCGAUGCUGUGAAGAGGUCAUGGCCAUUGUGCCUCGUCACUCUCUGUGGCAGAGAGAGCGCUCCGAGCACCACAGCGGGGCACGACGACAGUACGGUCACAAAGAUCACACUCCGACACCUCGUGGCCCCGCUUCCUCUCCAGUCUCCUGUACAUUCUGCAGUCACAACAUCAAACUGGACCAAAGCCUGGGUUCAGUCUCACCUCAAAACGCAGCCCAAAUACCGAAGAAGUCCACUCUGGUCCCUGUGGCUCCCUCGCUGAGACUGGAGAAGACCCCUGUUCCGGUGGCCGCUCCUCUGCAGAGACUGGACUGUCGCAUCAGCGAGUCACCUCCAUGUUACUUUAUGACUAAAGCUUGUGAAGCUGACCUGCCACACAGGCCUUUACACGACUCCUCCAUGGACUGGAUCAGUGAAGAGUAG